GUUGCUCUCUGAAGCUAAGCUAAUGCUAACGCGGGAGCUCCGGCAGGCAGCGCGGCGGAUGCGAGUGUCAUCAGUGCUGAAGCGGAUCUGCGUUGUUUACGCUGAUUCUAAACGCACGAGCCCAGGGCGGUGUAUAUUACAUAUCUGAGGCGUGUUACUGCGGACGCUCGGCACGGUCAAGAUGGUCACCAUUCCAGAGUACUACACGGGGAAGAACGUGCUGAUCACCGGCGCCACGGGCUUCAUGGGCAAGGUGCUGCUGGAGAAGCUGCUGCGCUCGUGUCCCGGCAUCAGAGCGGCCUACGUGCUCGUACGGCCCAAAGCGGGUCAAUCUCCGAGCGCCCGCAUCGCAGACAUGAUCAACUGCAGGCUUUUUGACAAAUUAAGAGAAGAGCAGCCGGAUUUCGCGGAGAAGAUCGUGCCGCUGAACAGCGACCUGACGAAGCCUGAGUUAGACCUCAGCAAACAGGACCAGGACACACUGAAAGAGUGCAUCAACGUUGUCUUCCAUUGCGCUGCCACGAUCCGCUUCAACGAGCCACUUAAAGAUGCCAUGCAGCUGAACGUGCUGGCCACACAGAAGAUGCUGAGUCUGGCCCAAGGUAUGAAGCAGCUGGAGGUGUUUAUUCACGUCUCCACGGCGUACGCUAACUGCGACCGAGAGCUCAUCGAAGAGGUCGUCUACCCGCCGCCUGUCGACUAUGGGAAGCUCAUCGACACGCUGGAGUGGAUGGACGAUAAGCUGGUCAGUCUGAUUACCCCAAAGCUGCUCGGUGAACGACCCAACACGUACACAUACACCAAAGCCCUGGCCGAGUACCUGGUGCAGCAGGAGUGUGGGAACCUCAACGUGGUCAUCAUCCGCCCUUCUAUAGUAGGAGCCAGCUGGAAAGAGCCCUUCCCUGGCUGGAUAGAUAAUUUCAAUGGACCGAGUGGAAUAUUCAUUGCUGCAGGAAAAGGCAUCCUACGCACCAUGAGAGCCUCUAACAACGCUGUGGCUGACCUCGUGCCAGUCGAUGUCGUCAUCAACACGACUCUGGCUGCAGCUUGGUACUCAGGCUCACAGAAACACACCAGGCCAAAAAGUUUGUUGGUGUACAACUGCACGACCGGCGCCAUCAAUCCCUUCCACUGGGGCGAAGUCGAACACCAUGUUAUAUCCACUUUCAAGAGGAACCCCCUCGAGCAAGCUUUCAGGCGGCCCAAUGUAAAUCUCACAUCCAAUCAUCUAAUCAAUCAGUACUGGAUUGCUGUGAGCCACAAGGCGCCAGCAAUCCUCUAUGAUCUCUUCCUCAGGAUAACUGGACGAGAGCCCAGGAUGAUGAAGACGAUCACGCGCCUUCACAAGGCCAUGAUGGUGCUGGAGUACUUCACCAGCCACUCGUGGGUGUGGAACACGGACAACGUCACCAUGCUCAUGAACCACCUUGGAGCUGAGGACAGGAAGGUGUUUAACUUUGACGUCAGACAGUUACACUGGGCCGAAUAUAUGGAGAACUACUGCAUGGGCACGAAGCAGUACGUGCUGAACGAGGAGUUAUCAGGCCUGCCUGCUGCACGCAAACAUCUCAACAAGUUGCGAAACAUCCGCUACACCUUCAACACAGUCCUGGUGAUCCUGAUCUGGCGUGUCUUCAUCGCACGAUCGCAGAUGGCGCGCAACAUCUGGUACUUCGUGGUCAGCCUGUGUUUCAAGUUCCUGUCCUACUUCAGGGCGUCCAGCACCAUGAGAUACUGAACCUCGUCCUCUUUCUCAUCCCUCUGUCCGUCUCUCCUUCUCUCGUCUUCUCUCUUCCCUCUUUUCUACAAUAGCUAUGCAUACGCUCCAGCUCCGGCCUCCAGAGCGCCACCCAGUUAGGGUCAGAUACCAGCCACUGCUUUGUAGAAAGCAGGGCGCGACAGGGUUCGAGACCAGUCCGUGCACUGUAAAUGAUUCUCCGUUACAGUUUACAGAUGACUUAUUUCCCGUCCUUCCCGAAUCAAGCACAAGGCGGGAGAAUAGGGAUGCGAUGGCUAGUUCACAGCUCUGUGCCUAUUUCCUGUUUCAUGAUUUGCUCAGUCCUUUAGAUUACCUCGCUUGGUUCAUCAGCAUUCUUUUUUUCCUCCUUAAUAACUUAUUUAUGACUAAGAUUUAUUUAAAAAGGUUGCAGGUUGUUGGAAAGUUGCUGUUAUGCUAACAGUCGCUAGGGUUUGCAACUAACUCGUUGCUUUUUCAGGAGGAUUAGCACACUAACUUUUAAAGGUAUUUUGCAUAGACACAUUUUUAGUAAUAAUUCUUUUUUUUUUUUUUCUUGAGAAU